CUGGGUGGGAUAUAAAAACCCCUUCAUCUGGCUCAAUGCUUGGAUACGCAAGAAUCACAUCUCUUUCUUUCACACUCUAUAAGUAUCACCAUCACCAUGACCAUCCCAGAUGAAGUAGACAUUAUCGUCUGCGGUGGCGGAAGCACCGGCUGCGUCAUUGCCGGUCGUCUCGCCAAUUUGGACCGUAAUCUCCAGGUGCUGCUGAUUGAAGCAGGCGAAGACAACCUGAACAACCCAUGGGUCUAUCGUCCGGGCAUCUACCCCCGGAACAUGAAGCUGGACUCCAAGACUGCUUCUUUCUACUACUCCCGGCCCUCGGAAUGGCUGGAUGGCCGUCGAGCGAUUGUGCCUUGUGCUCAUGUCCUUGGAGGUGGCAGCUCCAUCAACUUCAUGAUGUACACUCGGGCCUCUGCCUCCGACUAUGAUGACUUCCAGGCCAAGGGCUGGACAACUGAUGAGCUGCUGCCCUUGAUGAAGAAACACGAGACGUACCAGCGAGCCUGCAAUAACCGGGAUGUCCAUGGCUUCGAGGGGCCUAUCAAGGUCUCGUUCGGAAACUACACGUAUCCCAUCACGCAGGACUUUUUGCGUGCUGCCGAGUCGCAGGAUAUUCCUGUCACCGAUGACCUGCAGGAUUUGAAGACUGGCCAUGGAGCCGAGCACUGGCUGAAAUGGAUCAACCGCGAUACUGGCCGCCGCAGUGACUCGGCCCAUGCCUAUGUCCACAGCACCCGGGCCAAGUACUCCAACCUGCACCUCAAGUGCAACACCAAGGUCGACAAGGUGAUCCUCGAGAACGGCCGCGCCGUUGGGGUCGCCACGGUUCCCACCAAGCCUCUUGCCGGCCGCGAUCCCCCGCGGACGGUCUUUAGGGCCCGCAAGCAAAUCAUCAUCAGCGGCGGUACUCUCAGCUCCCCUCUCAUCCUGCAGCGCUCGGGCGUUGGCGACCCCGAGAAGCUUCGUCGCGCCGGCGUCCAGCCCCUGGUAAACCUUCCAGGGGUUGGCCGGAACUUUCAAGACCACUACCUGACGUUCUCCGUCUACCGGGCCAAGCCCGACGUCGAGUCCUUCGAUGACUUUGUCCGCGGAGACCCCGAAGUGCAGAAGAAAGUGUUCGAGGAAUGGAACAUCAAAGGCACGGGGCCUCUAGCGACGAACGGCAUCGACGCGGGGGUGAAGAUCCGCCCGGAUGCAAAGGAGCUGGAGGAGAUGAAGAGCUGGCCGACGAACGACUUUUACAAGGGCUGGGAGAGUUACUUUAAGAACAAGCCAGAUAAGCCCGUGAUGCAUUACUCGGUGAUUGCGGGCUGGUUCGGCGACCACAUGCUCAUGCCCCCAGGCAAAUUCUUCACCAUGUUCCACUUCCUCGAAUACCCCUUCUCCCGCGGCUUCACGCACAUCCAAUCCGCCGACCCCUACGAAAGCCCCGACUUCGACGCCGGCUUCAUGAACGACAAACGCGACAUGGCCCCGAUGGUCUGGGGAUACAUCAAAUCGCGCGAAACCGCCCGGCGCAUGAACGCCUACGCGGGGGAAGUCACCGGCAUGCAUCCGCACUUUUCGUUCGAUUCGCCUGCCCGUGCGUUUGAUCUGGAUCUCGCGACCACGAAGGCGUAUGCGGGACCGAAUCAUAUUUCGGCGGGGAUUCAGCAUGGAUCCUGGUCCCAACCCCUCGAACCCGGCACCGCGCCGACCUCCCCGACCAUGCUCAACUCCAAUCAACAGGAGACUCGGGAGUCGUUGCAGUAUACUAAGAAGGAUAUUGAACAUAUUGAGAAGUGGGUCCAACGCCACGUCGAAACAACCUGGCACUCCCUCGGAACAUGCAGCAUGGCGCCCCGCGAAGGCAACACUCUCACCCCGCACGGCGGCGUCGUCGAUGAACGACUGAACGUGCACGGCGUGACGGGAUUAAAGGUGGCGGAUUUGUCCAUUUGUCCGGAUAAUGUGGGGUGUAAUACUUACAGUACGGCUCUCCUCAUCGGGGAGAAAUGUGCGGUGUUGACGGCCGAGGAUCUGGGGUAUUCGGGGAAGGCAUUGGAGAUGAAGGUGCCGGAAUAUCAUGCGCCGGGGGAGGUGACGUAUUUGUCGAGGUUGUAACUUCUGCUCAGUAGUUG